UGCAGGUGGACAUAGUUCGUUUACUUUACAGUCUUUUAUAGUGUUUACUUAACCGAAAGAGGCUUUUGAAUAGUUCCGAAGGUUUUUAUUUCAACUCUUCAGCUCACAAUGCGUUAUUUUGCUAAAGUCACUAUGGCGUUGGUGGGACUGUUGUUUAUGGCAAAAACUGGACAUGGCCUCAAUUGUGACUUCUGCUAUGGCGAGGAAGAUUGCUCCCUGGGAACGGACGUACCGAUGGUGCGGUGCGAUGAGGAAUCGGUUCAAAUGACCAACAGCAGCCUGGACAGCUUCAUACGACCGCUCAGAACCGCGCUGCCAACAAUACACCAGCGGUACGAGUGCAUCCAUAUGCGAGCCAAAUCAGUGAGCGGCCACGUGUUCCUGUUUGUCCGAGGAUGCGUUCACCAGCUGGAAGGUGGAAGACACUUUUGCACGCUACCACACGCAACCUUCCAGGGAUCGCUCGAGUGCAUCGCUUGUCACGGAGAUCGCUGCAACAACGUGCCCGUCCCGCAGGAUGACGAGAAUGGAGCGACUGACAUGGCGCGGAGUUCGUUGAUCUCGCUUACAGUCUGCUCGUUACUUGCGGUUUCACUGGCCACCUUUACAACGCCGUACAGUUGAUGGAUAAUGAGAAUAAAAACGCUUCAACCCACCUCAGCUAAGUACAAUUACGGUGGUUCGUGUCUGAUUGGUGUAUGAUCGCGCAAUAGCCGGUU